AGAAACUGUUUGAAGAGUUUAAUUGACGCCUAUGCGGGUAGAAAUAGGCAACAUUUAAUGUAAACAAACCCGAGAGAGCACAAUUAAAUAAAUUUUUCUGAAUUAAAUUUCAAAGAUAGUGAAUUUUUGAUUUUUAUCAACUCUAAUAUUAGCAUCGGAAGACUUUUUUAAGUAAUUUAAUAUGAACGACCUACUUUCAUGUCGAAAUAUUUAAGCAUUCUAUAUUGAAAAACAUAGCAAUUAAAAGUGGUUCGCUUUUACAAUGCUUCAUUACACUAAUAUGGAUAAAAAAUUAAGAGAAGAGUAUUCAUAGAAAAUAUUUAUUGAGGCUGCUAUCGUAAAAGGUAUCUUACUUUAUGACAGUAUGAUGAAUUGGCUGAAGGAAAAAUUAUCCUCGUCGAAGUAAAUGUUGAUAAGAUUCAUACUGCGGUUGCCCUUCUAAGUUGUGUUGACCAUCCGGUGUUUCAUGACAAUUCAAGUUAAUUUAGGAUAAUAGCCAAGAAAAGUCUUUUAUUUUACACCUUAAAAAUUUGCUACUGUAAAAAAUUGAAGAAAAAAAAAGCUUUUUCAUAAGACUAUAAUAUUUCCAUGCUACUUAUUCCAUUGUAUAAUAACUUAAUACUUCCAUUCUUCCAUUGCUAAUAACUUAAAUACUUCUGAUACCUUUGUUUUCAGAAUCUUUUUUUAAAUGUAUAGUAAUAUUCAUGUUCAUCAGUAACUAUAUAUAGAAAAACAAUAAUCUUGUAAAUUUUUUAUUCUAGUUUUCAUAAAAAUCUAUAUUAACCUGACAUGACCCUUAUAAAAACCUUGCCAUUACAGUUUACGUUAAAGUAUUCAGCAAGAUAAUUAAACUGUUCAUAAAUUAUUACCAGGUGAUUGUCAACAUGAAUUUAAAAGAUAACAACUUGCAUGAGCUUGAUGUUCUUAUAAAUGAGAAACCUUAUUCUUGUAGUUUGUGCAAAAAGCAUUUUCCAUCAAAGUCUCAGCUAAUGGUUCACAGUCAUGUUCAUACAGGUAAGAAACCUUAUUCUUGUAACAUAUGCAGUAUGAGUUUUUCAGUUAGGAGUAAUCUGACAAUGCACAGUUAUGUCCAUACUGGAGAGAAACCUUAUUCUUGUAAUGUAUGCAAUAAGAGUUUUUCACAGAAGGAACAUCUCACCAGACAUAGCCGCACUCAUACUGGUGAAAAACCUUAUUCUUGUGACAUAUGUAAUAGAAGUUUUUCACGUGGGAAUAUACUGUCUCAGCACAGGCGUGUUCAUACUGGGGAGAAGCCUUAUUCUUGCAGUGUAUGUAACAAGAGCUUCUCACUGAAGGAGCUACUAACUAGACACAGUCGUACUCAUACUGGGGAGAAGCCUUAUUCUUGUAAUCUAUGUAAUAAGAGUUUUUCGCAGAAAGAACAUCUAACUAGGCACAGCCGCACUCAUACUGGAGAGAAACCUUAUUCAUGUGACAUAUGUAAUAAAAGUUUUUCAACAACGGGACAUCUAACUCAACACAGUCGCACUCAUACUGGUGAUAAACCUUAUUCUUGUGACAUAUGUAAUAAAAGUUUUUCACAAUGGAGUAUACUGUCUGAGCACAUUCGUGUUCAUACCGGUGAGAAGCCUUAUACUUGUAGUGUAUGUAGUAAGAGUUUUUCACAGAAGGAGCAUCUAACUAGACACAGUCGCACGCAUACUGGGGACAAACCUUAUUCUUGUAGUGUUUGCAAUAAAAAAUUUUCAAGGGAAGAACAUCUAACUAGACACAGUCGCACUCAUACUGAUGAGAAACCUUACUCUUGUAGUGCAUGUAAUAAAAGUUUUUCACAAAAGGAACAUCUAAAUAGGCACACCCGAACUCAUACUGAUGGAAAACCUUCUUAUUCUUGUAGUAUAUGUAAAAGAAGUUUUUCACAGAGAUUUAUGCUUACUAUCCACAGCUUUGUACAUACAGUUCAGUAACAUUAUUCUUGUAAAAAUUUAUGAUAAAAGUUUUUUGUAUUGUCCACAGUUAUUUUCAUUGUGCUUAGAAAUCUUAUUCUUGUAGUUUAUGUAAGGAGAGUCUUGUGAUAGAUAAAUUGAGAAUCGCCACUGA